CAAAAUUGCGGGACGGAGCACCAGAAAACCGCCCCACCGCGGCGCCGCUCAACCAUCCAUCCCCGUCAGGGAAUUCACGGGAGCCGCCGAGCCGGUGGAGCAGCAAGGCUUCCUUCCCCUCGCCUCCUCCUCUCUCUCUCCUCUUGCCUUCGCCUUUUUGAAAACCUCACCCCCUCCCUUCCCUUGCGUCUUCCUCCUCCGUCCUCGCCUCGCCCGCCUGCACCCAACCCUCGCCGCCUCUCAUGGUCCUCAUGGCCGGCGCCUCCGACUCCGACCACCACGCCACUGCCAAGACCGCGCCGGCGCCGGCUCCCUCGGCCCCGGCUCCCGCCGCGCGCACCCGACUCCACGACUUCUCCUUCCCGACGCUCAGCUGGGGCACGCACCGCCUGCUACGCUGCUCCAAGGACGGCGCCUCCGCGUCCCCGCCGCCGCACCCGCAGACGCCGUCGCCCGGGAAGGAGAAGCCCCAGGGCCAGCAGGGCUCCCCCGGCGCCACGGGCGCGUCGCAGCCGCCGCGCCCGUGGAACCUCCGCACCCGCCGCUCCGCCACCGUCGCGCCGCUCGCGUCGAGAUCGGAGGGCGCUUGGAAGGCGGCGGCGCACCAGUCGCUCGCGUCGCCGCCGGCGGUGGCGCCCAAGAGGGGCUUCUCGGCCUCGCUGACCAAGGAGGAGAUCGCCGAGGACUUCGCCGCCAUCCGCGGCACGCGCCCGCCGCGCCGGCCCAAGAAGCGCCCGCGCGCCGUGCAGCGCCAGCUCGACAUGCUGUACCCGGGAUUGUCUCUCGCCGACGUGAAUCUGGACUCGUACAAGAUCGAGGAGAGGUGAUUGGCGCCGUGGUGGAGCUGCAAAUAGGAGCAACUUUUCGGAUUUUUCCAGCUUUCGCUUUCUUCUUGCGAUGGCUAGCAUCUCCAUCCCGUUAUUAUUCUAGUUCUUGCUGAUUAGAACAUGGAAUGUUAGUGCUAAUUCUGUACAUGGGAAUCCUGUUUUAUGAUAAGUUGGGCUGAUGGGCGAUGCUUGUGCUUCGUCGUGUGAUGUUUAGUUUGGGGGGUAUGAUUCUGGUAGAAUUGGGUAUCUUUAGGUGAUGGGAAGUUUUCAUGCUAUGUACAUGGUUCUAAUCUAUGAAAUGUUUUUUUUUCACUCGGUUCAA